AUGAGCACGUUCGCCCAGUCGGCUGCUCUUCUUCAGGCAUCCAUGCCUGUUUCUCCAACGCCUCCUAUUUCUGUAAUCAGCUCAAACAACAAUAACAACGACGCUAGCUCCAUUGACUACAACUCUCUAUCUCUCCAGAUGCUCGCGGCUCCUAACGCCGUCUCGCUAGCCGCUGCCAACGGAGCCGUCUCACUUCUUACCCCAACUCCUGCUGGAAUCAAAGCAACCAUUGCAUCAGCCGACAAAGUGCCAAGGCAACAAUGCUAUCUCUGUGAUCUACCACGCUGGCCGUGGGCAAUUAUCAACGAAUACAUUGAACCAGUCUGCAGAGGAUGUGUUAAUUAUGAAGGUUCUGAUAGAAUAGAACUUGUCCUCGAGGAAGCACGUCAACAGAAGAAACUACAAGGGGUUUCAAUCACUGAUCCCACAAAUGCAAAAACUUCUCAUCAAGUCCCUCUACAAGCACCCCUUCAAACAACUCCAAUCCCAAAUCAGAAUGGUGUCGGAAGGAUAAGUCCUCAAAGAACGACGACUCAGCCCGCGCCACCGGCACUUCCAACGUCUCCAUUCCAAAUGCCAAAUAUGAAUAACUUGGAACAGGCGUUGGCUCAUCAGAGACUUCUCCAGAUGACUCAAUCCAAUCCACGUGCUGUUGAUGAUCUCAUCCAACAGUCUCUCAGAAAUCUCGGAGCUCAUAACUCUCAUCUUCUGGCUCCGUUUAUGAUGAGCAUGAUGCCUAGUACUACAACUCCUUAUGCAAAUCCAAGAAAACGGGAAUCCGAUGAGGAACAGAAGCCUGAAAUCUACGGAAAAGUUCAAAGAGGAGAUGCCCAAACUACAACGGCCUCGCCAACCUCCACCCACUCCCCCGAACACCCGGGACUCAAGGAUCGCAGAGCCAUCGCCCCAAUCGAGAGAAUUUUGAGAUGCACCAUCUGCAAUGAACGUCUCGAAGACACACACUUUGUACAAUGUCCAAGUGUCAACAUGCAUAAGUUCUGCUUCCCGUGCUCGCGGAGCAGUAUUAAGGAUCAAUGCAGAAGUACUGAUAUGUACUGCCCAUCGGGAGACAAGUGUCCAUUAGUUGGGUCAGCUAUGCCAUGGGCUUUCAUGCAGGGAGAGAUUGCUCAGAUUCUUGGAGACGAGUAUGAAGACUUCAAGAAGACGCGAGAGGCUCAUGGACUUGCUCCACCAAUGGGAGCCAAUUCAGCCACCCUUGCCGCCGCCGCUGCCGCACAGAAUGGCACCAAUCAAACCUCUCCAGCCUCAACGACUACUUCUGCGGCUUCUUCCACUUCUGCUGCCACGUCACCACAAAACUAG